GGAGUCUGGACCGGGACAUAAUCCGGGAAACGCAGUGAUCCUCUGGUCGGUUUGGGAUUAAAACCGGUCGGCACGGAAUCCGCCUCCUAGCGGUUGGGGGGAAGCUGUGAAAUUAACCUCCCAGGAACGGAAGAAGAGGACAACAACAACUAAAUUGACGUUAGCUAUCAACAUGGCUGCGCCUUUGGGCGGGAAUCGUCUGGCUCUGUGUCAUGGGUCCAAUGCAGGGACACGGGAUGAUUUUGUGAGGGUGAGAAAAAGUGAUCUAGAGAAGUUAACCACAGAAGUCAUGCAGCUGAGAGACUUCCUGCCCAGAGUCCUGAACGGAGACCUGAUUGAAACGCUGCAUGAAGCUCGAACCGCUCAGACGGUAAAGGAGCAGCUUGCACAGGAGCAGGAACAGCUGCGACAAGAGUGUCUGCACCUUCAGUCGCGACUGGGUGCAGUGCAGACUGAAUGUCAGAAAGAGAGAGAGGAGAAGCUGCUGUUGCGUGAGCAGCUGUGGCAGAGCGGAGCAGAGCUGCAGCAGCAGGCAGACUUCUGCUCUGAUCUGGGAUCUGCUGCCUGCAGUCUGCUGUGGAGCUGCUCUUCCAGUGAGGACACAGUCUCACGGUGGCUGACUGAUGCGAAGCUGCAGUCCUUCCUGCAGGUAGCCGCUCAGACUUUGGAGAGCUUCGUCGGGUCUCUGGAUGAUGAUGCGAACACUCUCGCCGAGGACCACAACCCGGAUCACCAGUUUGUUCUGGCUUGGCUGGAACCAUUACUAGUGAAUGUAGCAGCAGUAGCCUGUGGGCGGGACUUCUUAUCGUGCUUGGCUCGUGAUCUUCUGGACUCUCUGAUGAAGCUGUUGGAGCUGAUGUCGCCCGGUGUCUUCCCCAAACUGAAAGUGUUGAUGCUAAUGGCUCUGUACAACGUCAGCAUCAGUGUCAAAGGACUGAAGUGCCUCAGUGAGAAUCCAGGACUCCUGCCUCUCAUCUUGACCCUGCUGGACGAUGGAGACUGGGAGGUGUGUCUCCACUCUCUGCGUCUCCUGCAGUCGGUGUUGAUGGAGGAGGAGGUGCUGCUCCUGCUGGGCUCUUCUCUGCUGGAUCCAGACCUUCGGGCUCGUGUCAGCGGGCUGACCUCCAGCGAGCGGCCCAGCCUGAGGCUGGCUGCCCAGCAGACCCUGGAGGACCUGCUGGCACUCCAACAGGGGCCCCAGUCAAAACGUAUGCACUCCAAACCUUAAGUCAUACGUUACUGUACAACAUGAAGUCUCACAUGUUCUACCAUACAACGCAUCCCUUUGAAGUGGAGAUAACUACUGUAGUUGAAAAUCCCCAAAUAGUUUGCAGAGAACUGUUGUCUCUGAAGCGUUCUGUCGAUCGAGUGUUUGUUCUUUACGUAACUCACAGAAAAGGUCAAAUGGAUUGAAACUGGUGACUUCAGUUUUGAAGUCGUCAUCUUUGACUCCAUCCAUGGUCAUGUAGUCAUGUUUGUAAGCUACGCUGUAAUGUCUUUACAGGUGUUGCCGUUCUUUUAUUUUCAUGCAGGCUGGGUUUUGGCUCUGUUAUUUAUUAUUUGGUCCCUGCAAAAGUUUCAUAAAUAAUAAAAAUGCAGUUUGUACACAUGGUAUCUAAAGGGG